AUGGACAGAAAAUCAUUCAUCGACUUGAUCGACUCCGAGCAAGACGAGCACUUCAAACUACUCCAGGCCUUCGUUCGGGCUCCAUCUACCAACCCACCCGGGGACACACUAGACGCGGCCAACGUUCUCAGGGAGUCCUUGGAACGUCAGGGUGUGCCGGUCGGCGUGAUCGCACCGCAAGGGGCAUCGAAACCGAACCUGGUCGAGGACUUUGCUUGUGGGGAGGACGAUGACGGCGACAGCAGCGGCAACGGCGGUGGCAAGAAAGUCGUGAUGAAUGGACACAUCGACGUGUUCCCAGUCGACGAGUCGAGAGGGGGUGAGUGGAAACACGGUCGGGGCCCUUGGUCGGGUCACAACGACGGCAAGUUACAUCUGGGGAAGGGGCGGGGUGGACAUGAAGGCCGGAACGGCGGCGAGUGCGAUUGCAUUUGA